ACAGUUUAUGUGUGCAGCAUUGAGCACGUUUCUAACAUCGUAUGUAGAGACACAAGACAUCAAGAGACAGAAGACUGCCUGAAACCAGAGGAGACACAAGAUCAUGGACAUCUAUUUGAGGAAAAUUGUGUGUGUUCUAUGUGCUCUGCUCCUUAAUGCUAGAGGCUCACUCGCCCAGCUAGAUGUGUGUGGUCGGCCUCCACUGAACACCAAGAUUGUGGGUGGUGAAAAUGCUGGUCCUGGGUCCUGGCCUUGGCAGGUCAGCUUUCAGACAAGUGGCAGCCAUUUCUGUGGUGGCAGCCUGAUCAAUCAGAACUGGGUCUUAUCAGCGGCUCACUGUUUCCAAAGCAUUACUGCGCCUAAAAUCACAAUCUAUCUAGGAAUGGAAAACCUGAUAGACCCUAAUAGAUCACAAAGAAGCACUAGUAACAUUAUCAUCCACCAAGAAUAUAACGAUGACACUUUGACCAAUGACAUUGCGCUGGUCCAGCUCUCCUCUUCAGUGAAUUUGACUGAUUAUGUCAUGCCGGUGUGCCUCGCAGCAAGCAGAAGUUCUUUUCCUGGUGGUACUAAUGUCUGGGUCACAGGAUGGGGUAAAACCAGUUCUACUAAUCUGCUGCUCCCUCAAACCCUGCAGGAGGUGCAGGUGCCGAUUGUCAGUAACAGUAAAUGUAAAAACGCAUUUACAUCUGGUUUAGUCACGGACAAUAUGAUGUGUGCUGGCUUAGCUCAGGAGGGAAAGGACAUAUGCCAGGGUGAUUCUGGAGGUCCACUGGUGGUCAAGUUCAAUGGAACCUGGAUUCAGGCUGGGAUUGUGAGUUUUACCUCUGACAAAGGAUGUGCUGUACCUGGUAUACCCGGUGUGUACACCAGAGUGUCCAAGUACCAAGACUGGAUUAACAGCAAGAUCAGCAGUAAUCAACCUGGAUUUGUUACAGUUUCAACUGGCAAUCGUGGCUCCGCCAGCCUCUUCUGUCUGUUCCUUUCUUUCUCCAUCAUCCCCUUCCUCCUCUCCCUAUAAGGGCUGGUGAAUCCAUUAGGCAUCAUAGGCAGCCACCUAGAGCCUCACCAAAUCCGAUUAAUAGUACCGAGCCGCAUUGAACAUUCCUCAUAUUUUUUCCUACCUCAGCAAAGUUUGUUUGGUCAAAUUGGUUUGUUGGUUCCCCCUAGUGCCAAUGUAAAUUAGCGGCAGUGUGUGCAAGGCUGUAUUAUGUGCAAUAGGACACUCAUCAGUGGUGUCCAUCCAUCCAUCCAUCCAUCUUCAACCGCUUACUCCUUUUCAGGGUCGCGGGGGAACCUGGAGCCUAUCCCACGAAGCAUCGGGCACAAGGUGGGGUACACCCUGGACAGGGCGCCAGUCCACGCAGGGCACAAUCACAUUCCCACACACACGCUCACACACACAUUCAUACACUACAGACACUUUAGACGUGCAAAUCAGCCUACCAUGCAUGUCUUUGGUCUGGGGGAGGAAACCGGAGCACCCGGCGGAAACCCCCGCAGCGCAGGGAGAACAAGCAAACUCCGCAAACACAUGGCCCCGGCGGGAAUCGAACCCCGGACCCUGGAGGUGUGUGGCAAACGUGCUAAUUAAAAAGUACAUCAUUCAUAUCAGUCAUCAUCAUUGGUGUGUCUGUGUGACUGUGAAGUGUGUGUGAGUGUCAGUGAUGAUAAUUUAGUUUUUUUUACAGCAUUAUGGAUGAUAAUGAUCAUGGAAUAAUAAUGCUGCUGACGUAUUAACGACAGCAGCAAUACAGAUUGUUAGUUGAGAUGCAAAAUGAAGCAAUAAAAACCAUCGGGAGCCAAAUUUUUAAAAAAAGAAAAAAGAAGAAGAGGCAAAGCAUUAAAAAAAAAACGAAAGUAAGCUUGUUAUAAUUUCUAUAUCAUUUAUUCUUUUUGUGGUGUUAAAUUAUUUAGAUAAUGGAUUUACAAUGAAGCCCAGGAUUAGUUGACUUCUGUCAACUUCUUAUUUAAAAAAUCUUAGCACUUGCUUUGUACUGAGUAUAUAAUAAGGUAAAUUUGUGUUUAUUUUCUUUUUUUGUGGUUAUGCCUGUCCACAAUGGCUAUUUAUUUUUUGUGUGUGGGUGGGUGGACGGGUUGGUGAGCUAACAUUACUGAAGUGAGCUAACAUUACUGUACUCUAGCUGUUUCAUCUGUCAGAAGAACAACAAUUAGCUUUUUUCUCUAGCUUUUACUUACGUGGAGAACUGCUUUUUCUUAGCGUGUUCAAUACUUUUUUCCUGUGUCAUUCCACUUCAUUACACAUAACUUCAUUUA